GUCUCAGCCAUGAGGACCAGAGGAAACUGCUACAGUUUUGCUACUGGCAGUGAUAGAGUGCCUGUCGGUGGACUUAGCAAGCUUAAACUCAUCAUCGCCCGGAAUGGACCAGAUUCUGAUAGGCUACCUACAGCCCACACGUGUUUCAACGUACUGCUGCUUCCCGAAUACGAGAACAAAGACAAACUGCACGAUCGACUGAUAAAGGCUAUCAGCUACUCAAAAGGAUUUGGUAUGUUGUGAACUCAUCUCGGCAUUGCAGAUUUGUGUUUUGUGUUGAACAUUCGCGAAACACGACCUGAUAGAAAGAUGUACAGUAGUCGUAAAUAUAUUCAAGUAAAUUAUUUUGUUCCUUAAGCCAGCAGACUGACUGCUGUUAUUGUUAUAAUUUAUUUAUAGAUUAGUAAAGUGUACAGAGUUUUGUACAAUUUGUAGAGAAAAGGAUGUUCUUAGUUAUUGAUCAAUUCAGUUUGUAUAUUUACAUGUGAAUUCUAGAUAGAAUAUUGCUACCACCUGUACUGGGUCUUUACCUCAAAUUUGGCAUAUUUAUAUCAAUUUUAUAUUCUUUUUAAGUAUUUGAUAUAAUUUUGCAAAAAAAUACUCUUUUGCAUAUAUAUUUUUAAUUUGGUUAUUAAAUACAACCUGUUGAACUGUCUUGAAUGAACUUUCAUACUUAAUAGAUGGUUAGUGUUUUUAUGUAAUGAGGGUUUACUAAUUAAAAAGGCUCUUUAAGAGCAUGCUCUAUAUCUUGGAUGUUAGUUUUUUUACAGAAAUAACUGUUUAAAAUAACGACAAAUUGACAAUUUUUGGUAUGAUUAUUAACAUAUUAUUAAGUUUUUGUGUAAUUUUCUUAGGUAUUUCUCACUUACAAGGCAUUACAGGGUUUAGCACUACAACAACUGACAGAGCUAUUUUUGGAAUGUCACAUAAAUCUUACUUCUGAUACAUGGUAUUAACAUACAAUGUGUUGGGAGUUGUUUCUUUUGUCCGAAAAUAAUGGACAUUUAUGUUAAAGAACUAAAUUGUUUUGAUUUUUUUGUUACUUAAAGAGAAUUUAUUCUUUGCUCUUCCAUAGUAAAAAUAAUGCAUAAUCCCGAAACAUAGUUUUCCUGAUAAGACUUUUGGGAAAUGUGUUGUUGUGAGUGAACCAUUUUGGUGCUAAAACUGUAAUUUGUAUUUUUGUGUCUUUCAAUUAGGUUUUGAAGGGUUUAAACUAUAAUAAUAAUAAUUUAUGUUUAUGAAAUGAAUACAUAAUUGUAUUUUAAUAGACAUUUUUUCACAUGAAAAUAGAGCUUGUGAGUCCUCACAAGUUUUUUUCUUGUAAUUUUUCUGUUACUUACCAAUCUAGUGACAAGCUACAUUAGACUGUUAUGUUUAAAAAUUAAUAUAGUAUUAUAUAUACUACAUAUUUUCUGUUUUCGCUACCAAAUGGUAGGUGGAGUGUUCAACAAAUUUACAAUUGCAUAAAAUGCAUGUUAUUAAUGUCAAUGUACUGUGCAAGAUUAAAUAUUGAAGGGGUAAAUAUUCUUACUCGAGUUUUAUUUGUGUCUGUUUGUGUUGGCAAAAAAGAUUAAAUUCUAAUACAAAUUCACAAUCUUAAAUUUUAAUAUUUUUGUGAUUAAACAACCACAUGUAAUAAUUAGGGUUCUAUAUCAAGCUACAGUUGAAACCAUUAACAGACAAUGUGAAACAUAUGUAAUGGUAAAACUUUAAUCAAUAACAAAAGUCAUUAUCGAACAUUUAGGUUAGUAUAUAAGAUUAGAGAAGGUACGAUUUACUAAGCUCAGUUAUAUAUAGAACUCUAAUAUUUUAUGGAGAGUGUGAAUUCCACACAGAAAUGCAUAGGUUUCAUACAAAUUUAAACAGAAAAAAUGAUUUUACUUUAUAAAACCGUUAAAAUUAAUGCUAAAUUGAAUUGGCAAAAUUUGAUUGUCACAAUUAGUUUUCUCAAUAUGAUUUGAUUUUUAAGCAAAGUAAAUAUGUUGUUAUUUAGCAUGAAACUACCUUCAGACCAAAACACCUGGAUUAGGUGUGUCUGCUUGAAUCAAACCAGUCUUUAAAGAUAUUUAAUUACUUUAUUUGUAAAUAAAUAGUAGAGUUUAUUAUAAUAUUUUAUACCAAAUGUGUAAAGUAAUUGUAAAAUCCAGUCGCUGUAGUUGAAUAUUUGUAAUGUAAAAUGAUAAUGUAUUUGUAACUACUGUACUUUACUUUUAAAAGUUUAUUUUACUGCUUAUAUUGAAUUUUAUAAUUGUUUUAUUUAAUUUGUGGUUAUUAUAUUAAUUGUACACUUUACUGAAUCACUGCAUGUACAAUAUCCCCAAUUGAACAUCAAUGAAUCUUUCAUGUUACAUGUACCCGGUAUUUAUAUUUAUUAGAGUACACUUUAUAGUAUGGAGUUUAAUUUUCACACUGUUCUUGUUAUGUUUUGAUCGUAAAUGUUGUAUUUACAUACUGUAAUAGAUGCUCAAUAAACUUUGAACAUAACUGUCGAGAUUCUGAGAACAUUUGAAAAUAAACAAGUGAUGAAGACUUCAUAAA